GCCAUCUACGAUUUAAGUGUGUAAAUAUGAUUCAACAUGAAUUCUCAUAAAAUUUUAACAAUUACAUUUUGUUUAUAAAGAUUGUAAAAAAUGUAACGUAUCAUGGUUUCGUUAUUUGAAAACUAUGAACAGCAAUAUUCCGCCUUAACAGCAGACAUCACCUCCCAAAUAGGUCUUCUCAGAAAUUCUGGAUUAAACCGUCGGCAGCUUAUUUCAAAUAUCGAAAAAAAUGUGGAGGAGGCACAAGAAUUGCUGGAACAAAUGGAUUUGGAGAUCAGGGAUAUUGAGGCAUCAAAGAAACAAAGGAGCAGGACGAAGUUGGAGUGUUACAGAGCUGAACUAAAAAGAUUAACUUUAGAAUAUAUAAAAGCUCGUUCUAUUAAACAGGGAACAACUCUAAACUAUGAUUCUCCAGAUGAAUACGAAGAUGUUCAGAUAUCCAUAAAUCAAAAAAAGAAAUUGUUGAAUAAUUCUGAGAAAUUGGAACGUACAGGAAAGAAGCUGGAUGAUGGUUAUAAGGUGAUAAUAGAAACUCAUGAAAUUGGUACCCAAGUGCUUCAAAACUUAAAUGAACAAAGAGAAACUAUACAAAGAUCAAGAAAUAGGUUAAGGGAGACGAAUGAGGAAUUGGGAAGAUCGUCUAGGAUAGCGGGGUCAAUGUUAUGCCGUUCCAUUCAGGAGAGGGUGGUACUGUUUGUGGCGAUAGUUAGUUUUGUUAUGAUUUGUAUAGGACUGUUUUUGCGUUUUAAGGACUAAUAAACAAAUAGUAAUAAUAAUUAUAAUAAUAACAAUGAUGAUAAGAUGAAAUAGAUAAUAUAUUAAUGCACUUUUCGUACAUUUAAGCCAAAUAAAUAUUUUUAAUGUACUUUAAAAGGAUAUGACUCCUAGGUCUGACUGAUCAUGUAUUAGUUUAUUAUAAUUGUGUCAUAAUUCAUAUUUAUUUAUCGUUGUUGAACCAAUAAAGUCAUUCCAUUGUUAUAGA